CCUCUUCCUUCAACAAAAAACAAAGUACAACAAAAAAAAUGGAAACUCUACCUCUACAAAAGUGCACAGAGCACAAAUUUUCAGCCACAAUAAACAGAACUCACACUUUCAUUCACUCAAUAGCAAUACUCUUCAUGCUAUAUUACAGACUUAUAAUCAAUCUCACCACAAUUCACAUCUCAUUUUUACCUUAUUGGUUCCUAAUUUUCACUUCCGAAUUAAUUCUCUCCUUCAUCUGGCUACUUGACUCAGCAAUUAUAUGGAGACCGGUUUCUCGUUCCGUCUUCCCGGAAAACUUACCGCCGGACGAUGAACUUCCGGCCAUCGACGUGUUUAUUUGUACGGCUGAUCCUAAAAAGGAACCAGCGUUAGGUGUUGUUAACACUGUUUUAUCGGCCAUGGCUAUUGAUUAUCCACCCGAAAAGGUGGCGGUGUAUCUAUCCGAUGACGGCAGUUCGGUUUUAACGUUGUGUGCGAUACGUGAAGCGUGGAAAUUUGGGGAACUGUGGAUCCCAUUUUGUAAGGAAUUUGGUGUGAAGAGAAUUUGCCCUGACGUAUUUUUUCAAGCAGUUGAUGAAAUUAAUGGCAGCAAGGAGUACUUGCAGGAAAGAGAAAAAAUUCAGAAAGAGUACGAGGUGUUCAAGGAGCGGUUGAAGAAAGCUCAAGAAAAUGGAGGGACAGAGGAAAGACACUUUGGUCCAAACAUUGAGAUAAUAGGGCAGAGAGGCAAAAAUAAUGGCAAAGCUAAAAUACCAUCUCUUGUUUAUGUUUCAAGGGAAAAAAAUCCUUCUCAUCCUCACCAUUUCAAAGCUGGAGCUCUCAAUGUUCUUCUUAGAGUAUCUGGGAUAAUAAGCAACUCCCCUUACAUAUUAAUGUUGGAUUGUGAUAUGCACUCCAAUGAUCCUUCUUCAGCUAGACAAGCAAUGUGCUUUCACCUUGAUCCCAAAAUCUCUCCCUCACUUGCUUUUGUCCAGUUUCCUCAAAGAUUUCACAACAUUAGCAAGAAAGAUAUUUAUGAUUCUGCCUUAAGAGCUAUUUUUGUGCUCAAGUGGCCAGGGAUGGAUGGGCUCAUAGGACCUAUAUUGUCUGGUUCAUGCUUUUAUAUGAAGAGGAAGGCUCUAUAUGGGAAUGCUACACACAAUGACAUGGAUCUUAGUGAGAUGAAGAAGUGUUUUGGUCCCUCAAAUGAGUUCCUAAAUACUCUUAAAAGCACUAAUCAUAAGGAAUUUGCUGACAAUAAGAUUCAAGAAGCAAAAAUUUUAGCCUCUUGCACCUAUGAACAGGAUUCACAAUGGGGAGAGCAGGCAAGUUCAACAUCAAUUCUAUCAACUCUAUCCUUUCCAAUUUAUGUGGCAUAAGUUGAUUGGAUACGAAACACAAAAAAUAAAGAAAGACUUUUGAAGUUUAUGAUUGUAAACAUGUAUAUGCUACUUCCUUUUUUCCAAUUUAUGUUCUGCACUUUCUGUCUAGUUUCUAUUCUAUCCUAAAAAGAAUGAUUUUGUUUA